AUGAGCUCCAAAAAGGUAAAUAAUGUUAUAAAUCUCCUAAUCAAUGAAAUAAAAGUAAAAGAAAAAUCAGAAAAUUCUAAUGAAUCAGCUAGCCAAAAAGGAAUAGAAAUUGCUAAAUCAUUUUUAAACAUUACCUGUUCAGACGAGAAGAUUAUAAAUGACAAUAAUGAAUGCAUAAAAAAAGAACGAAUAAAACCAAAUGAACUAAAAGAUAAAGUAAAUAUUGAAGGUGAUCAAAUAAAUCAAAAUGAACAAAAUCAUGACGAUGACGAUGUUAUUAAUGAAAAUGAAAAAGCCGUUUUAGAAUUUUAUGAUGAAAAAAUUGACAAUUAUGAUGAAGAAUAUGUGAAUAAAAAAUAUCGAUUUGGCACAAAAUCAUGCGAUUCUAGUUUAUGUUGUUGUGGUUGUUUUAUUCCUGUAUGCUAUCAAAGUCAAAGGCAUGAAUAUUAUGUUAAUCAGUACAGAGCUUUAUAUGCAAUUAACAUAAGAAUAGACGAGGACACAAUAAUUGACGAGCGUCAAAUUAAUUCUAAAAGAUACGAAGAAAACGAUAAAGAUCAAGAAAAUAAUGAAAACAAACAGAAUAAGGAAUCUGAUAAAUCCUUAAAAUAUCAUGCUGUUUUUUGUAUAAAUUGUAAUAAUCAUAUAGCGUAUUUUGAAAUACAAGAAAGAGUUUUCCACUUUUUUGACGUUUUACCUGAUUAA